GACGCGUCUCACUUAAGCAUUUGGCGUCCCUCGCGACUGUUCUCGACAACCGCUCUGUGACAAGUGCGACAACCGCCACUCCGAAGAAGAUCCUCGAAUUUUGAUACACUGCCAACUCCAUACCAUUCACAUCACGAAGAAACGUCGCAGUCAUGGAUCCGCCACCGUCAAUAUCUCCUAAGCGCAAAAUGCCCAUGGCCAACAUCUUUGCCGCAAGGACGCCUGCCCCUCCAUCUUCUGCGAUACCCUCGUCCUCACCCGCAUUCGGCACCCCGGUCCAUCCUUUGAAGCCUUUCAAAGUCUCAGCGCCGACGAAACACGCGAUCCUCCCAAUCAUUCUACCCCCAGCCACACUACGACCACUGGCAUUCCGAACCUUCACGAAGAAACACAGUCUAACCCUUGCCUCCUCCGCCUUACAAGAAUUGGCUACAUUUAUCGGCCGGCAUUGUGGUUCCGCAUGGCGAGAGGAGGGACUCGCAGAGAAGGUCCUGGAGGAGGUGGCAAAGUCAUGGAAAAGCCGUAAUGGCGGAGUUAUCGUCGAUGGCGCAAGCCCAGAGCUCAAAGAUAUCCUGAAAAACUUGGAGGGGAACAUGAGCGGGGGCAAGAUUGUGGCCGGCGCCAGAGGCUUGAGUCGACAGAAUAGUCUUUUGAUCGAACCAGGGCAAGAUGUGGAUAUGUCAAACGCGAGAUUGGGUCUGCGACCGGCACAGGCAUCCUUGGCUCGAGAGGACAGUCAACAGAGCUUUGGCAUGUCUAGUCUGGGCGUCGAGGAAGAAGAGGACGACGAGAGUAUCAAGGAUCCGCGGAAGUGGUUCAACGUCGUUGAUGCCUACGAUCAGCCAAGAUACUCCUACAACGUUGCCAAGAAGCAUUUCGAGAGGGAAACUUCAAAACCUUCGCUCCUACCGCCAGCAUCACACAAAACUGCGCUAUUCAGAAACAGGUACAAUGUCAUACACCAAAGAUUGCUCAGGAACGAGUCCUUCCAGACGUCAGCAGUUGCAAGCACGAGGGCUCCUUCGGGCAAACGGUCAUCAUCAAACCAACUGAACCACAAGAUUACCCCAAUCGCCAAUCUUUUAGGUCGCCACGGUAGCCACCACAUGCUUUUAGGCAUAUUGAAUGUGUUGCCUGCGGGAGGCCUCGCGAUUAGCGACCUGACGGCCACUAUUGCCCUAGAUGUGUCACAAGCUGUUGCAAUCCCCGAAGAUUCGGCUUGGUUCGCUCCUGGAAUGAUUGUGCUCGUGGAUGGUGUUUACGAGGAAGAAGAGGAGUCCGUUGGCAAGGGACUGAGUGGUAGCAGCGGUGUCGGAGGAACACUAGGCGGCAGGUUCCAAGGCUUCUUCAUCGGUCAACCCCCAUGCGAGAAGAGGAGAGCCACAUUAGGAGUCAGCGGUCCCGAUGGCGGCCAGGAUCACACCAUAGGAGGUGGAUUCGGCUGGAUCGAUUUCCUCGGCGUGGGAAGCGAACGAGCCGUCGGAUCCAAGAUGCGGAAGCUUGAACAGCGGCUACUGCCCCGCCACUCUGCCGAGGAGGUGCCUAGUAGAGGGCGGAUGGUGAUCAUCGGCGAGUUGAACCUUGACCAACCACGAACGUUGCAAGCCUUGCGGAGGAUACUCGCGAUAUAUGCAGCUGAGCCCGAAGGCUCAAGUCCAAUGACUUUCGUUGUCACGGGUAACUUCACCCAGCAUGCUGUUCUUGCCAGGGGUGGUAGCGGCGGCAGCAUUGAGUACAAAGAAUAUUUUGACGCCUUGGCCUCGGCCCUGUCCGACUACCCCACGCUCCUCCAAACGUCUACCUUUGUGUUCGUCCCUGGAGACAAUGACGGAUGGGUGUCAGCGUUCACUGCCGGCGCUGCGACCCCGCUGCCCCGAAAAGGAGCACCGGAUGUCUUCACAUCACGCAUUAGACGCGUUUUCGCGGCGGCAAAUGCAGAGCUCGGGGCCAAGAGCGAUGGCGAGGCCAUCUGGACAUCGAACCCAAGUCGUUUGACACUCUUUGGCCCAAAUCACGAAGUUGUCGUCUUCCGAGAUGAUAUCUCAGCCCGUCUCCGCCGCACGGCAGUCCGCCUCAAGUCAUCGAAACAGAAUGCCGGCGAGGAUGAGGAGAACCAGCGUCCCGAAGACGGAAGCGGAGCAGACGACGUCAUUAUGGCAGGGAACGACCAGGUUGAAGCAGACGAGGCUAUGGACGUUGACAUCCCUAGCGAGAAGCCCGCUGUCAAAGAGGUCAAUUCGAGCCUGCCUCAAGACAUCCAUACGGCGCGGAAGCUCGUCAAGACGAUCUUGGACCAAGGGUAUCUGUCGCCUUUCCAUCAAGCGACCCGCCCAGUACACUGGGAUUUUGCGACGGCUCUGCACCUUUACCCUUUGCCAACAUCAAUGGUCCUUGUAGACACGACGGCGCCGCCGUUUUGUGUGACGUAUGAGGGGUGUCAUGUCAUGAACCCGGGCAGUAUUCUUGUGCCUGGACGGACGCGAGUCGGUCGCUGGAUAGAGUAUGAGAUUGGCAAAAUUGGCAAGUUACGGGAGACGACUUUUUGA